AUGUCCAUAGCGUUCAAGCCAACCACACUCAUACUAGACAACAACAACAUCAGCAAACUGGAUGGAUUGGAGGCAUGCCCGUCACUCACUCAGCUGUCUGCAGUCCACAAUCACAUUGUGCGUAUGCAUGCAGUGGGUUCCCUCCCCCUGUUGACAGUGUUGAGUCUGGCCAGCAACAGUAUCGUCACCAUGGAAGGUCUUGACUUGUUGGAGCAUCUCACAUGGCUAGACCUCAGCUCCAAUUCUAUCAAGGUUGUGGAACAUCUUCCAAAGUCGGGAAUGCUUCAUUACAUUGAUUUAUCGGACAAUGACAUUACUCACUUCUCAGACCUCAGUUAUAUGGACAACUUGAAGACAUUACUUUUGCAUAGUAACAGCAUCACGUCUCUGAAGAUGGCAGUCUCACACUUGCCCCAGAAUCUGAGUGUUCUCUCCCUUGCUGAUAACAGCAUUUACGACCUGAGUGAGAUCUGUUACCUGUCUGGGUUGGCCAAUCUGCAACAGUUUUCUGUUGCUGAAAAUCCCUGCCUCAUGAUGACAGCAGAGAAUGAAGGGUUUGAUUACCGGCCAUACAUUUGGAACUGGUGCCCCACAGUCUAUGUCCUGGAUGGUUACAUGGUGUCAGAGAAAGAAAGGCUGUUGGGCGAGUGGCUGUAUAGUCAAGGAAAAGGCCGACAGUUUCACCCUGGCCAGCAUGCUCAACUGGUGGAGUAUCUGGCAACUGUAUGUCCACUUACGUCUACUGACCAGCUCCGCUCUGAGGACGACUCCAAGCUCAGUCAGAUUCUCUCUCAGCAGCGGAGAUACCAGCAGCAAUUACAGCAACAUCAUCACCAUCACCAUCACCAUCAGCAACAACCACAACAACAGCAUCGACAGCAGCCUCCUCAAGCUGAGAGCGAGAACUCAGGGCCCAGUGGGGAUAGGUCGUACAGUGUACAGUCUAACGAUUCUGCCUCCCCGGAAAGAAAUUCCUCCGUCUUCUCAUCUCAGUCGGUGGACACCAGCAGAGAACAACAAGGCAGGCGUCUUGUCUGGGCCAAUCCAGCUGACCUGAGCAUCCGGUCAGCGGCCAGUGGCGAAAGGGAGAGACAGCCAGCCACGCACGCUGACGAUCUCACAGUUCAAGAUGUCACAAAUGAUUCUGAUGCCAGAAGUAGUGUGAGCCUGCUUGAGUCGGAGUCUGUUUACCUCCCCUUUGAUGUUCCAGCUAGUCCAGUUAACUUACGUCGGCCGCUGACCGCCCCAGGGAAAGUCCAGCAGCAUCAGUCAUGGCCCACGACAACUGGCAACGGGACAUCUUCACUGAAUACUUCGGUCCCCUCUAGACAACCGCUGAACUCCCACCUCACACGACCGGCAACGGCAGCUGAGUCUCGUUCUGUUGCUUCAGAAAAUAGAUACGCUUCUUUAGAACAGCGGCCUAUCAAGCCUUUGAACCAGAAUUUUGGCAGAAGCAACUUCAAGCCGACUUUUGACAUUUCGUUGCCUCUAUCGUCACACUCGGAGCCUAGUGUGAGUACACACAAGGAGAGCCAGCCACCUACAGCAUGCAGUCAGGACUACGACUCGAGCAGCGAACAGACGACCAGUGAAAGCGAGGCAGUCGUGCCUCGCAAGAAAACAGCAGUUGUAGGAAGAGAGGACUCAGGUACUCAGGACAACUUUACAAAGUCGCAGACUUCUCAACAACAGAUUUCUGUGGGACAUGCAACAGGUGUGAAGGGAGAUUUUCCGAAAACUGAGUCAGGAACGAGUUCUGAUGCCGCUCCGAAAGAUAAACUUUCCUUGAUCCGGAAUAUUGCUGGAAAUAAAAAAGCUGUAAAGUUUCCUGGAAACUCGAGUGCAGACAGCAGUGCAAGACAACGGUCAGUAGUAGCCACAGCACUCAGGGCACGAUCAGCCACAGCAACAGCAGCAGCUGGGAACAACAGCAGCAGCACUAUGAAAACUUCUGGCAGCACCAGCACCACCACAACUACAACUACAGCAUCCAGUAUGGCUGCCUCAGCUGUUUCACGGGCUCGGCAGAUGAGGAAUCCAGCCAUAAAAGCAACCGGAGUGAUCACAGCUGCAGAGGUUAAAGAUACAUCCUCGGGAGGUUUCUUGGAGAAGGGAGGAGGCGAUGGGGUCACCAUCUCCCCCCAAGCAGGGGAAUCCAAGCAGAUGAAGGGGAGGUUGAAUCUGGAGCGCAUGGAACUCAAGAAAGGUGGGGGCAUCUCGACUGGAAGUGUCCGAGACUCUGGCUUCCUGUCUCGGCCGGCCAGUGAUGCCGUCUUGGAGGAUUCGCAGAGACAUACUAGUCACGAUGAUAAAGCAGCCACGCUGAUCCAGUCCUUCUGGCGCGGUUACUGGGCUCGAGAGAACAACGCUAGGGUCAUUUCCAUCCGGAAAGAAAUCCGAGCCAGAAGGGCAGAAGACCACAUCAUGCUGUUAAGGAAGGAUCUGGAAAGGAAUCGAAAGCUGUAUGAAGAGGAAAAACGACUACGCAUUUUACAAAUGGAGGCCAUUCGGCUUCUUUAUCAUGAGGUACAAGUGCUCAAAUCUCAGAACCUGUCCUCCACAAAAGACCUCAACAGCACUGGUGGUCACAGCAGUGGGGCAAACACUACCACAAGUUUCAGCCCCACCACCACCGCAGCAUCCACCUUGUCACAGGCGGUAACCACCUCAGGCUACAGUGAACUCAACCGCACACAGGAUCUUGAGCGGACAUGUGCUGGUCUACAGAGUCAGGUGACACAGUUACAAGAAGCCUUGGAGUCUGUUUCCUCCGCAGUUUUCCGCUCCAACAGCCUUGACGGUGCUAACUUUGAUCUCACAGACCAGUCUGACACUGUCGCCGUGACCCCGUUCCACGACCACCCUCCAGAGGGCACUCACAGUACAGACGAGGCCUGUCACUGGGGUUGCAUCCCUCACUCCCUCUCCCCCUACCCAUCGGAAGAGGAGGAGUCCUACUUCCUGCAGGUUCCUGUGCAGGGUGCACCCACACCACCCAGGCAGCUGCAGUUACGACACUUGAACCGUUCCACACUCAUGUUGUCAUGGCAACCUUCCUCCUGUUCCGGUCGAGAUAUGGAGGAGGAGGGAAACCGCCACAUCAUUGGAUACAGGAUUUAUGUGAAUGAUCAGCUAAAAGCCUUCAUAUGCCAGAGAACUUCAGCCUUAGUUGAGGGACUGAAUCCAUCAACGACUUAUAAGUUCUAUGUGAAGGCCUUGUCUGGGUUUGGAGAGUCCUUCGAAUCCAAUAUUAUCAUGGCUAAAUUGGCCAAAGGACAGGAGAGACUGAAAUACUCUGCCAGUAGUGGCAGUGAUAGCUGCAACGACAGUGAGAAGGAGAUUGACUCAGCCGAGAACUCAGAGAAAGUCAGACGUAAGCACAAAAAAUAUCGCAAGUCGCCUCGACCUGGGGAUAAAAAAAAGAACUCACGAUCCUUGGCUCACUAUCAGGAAGACCAACAGAGCUUCGCAGAGCUACAAUCUGAGAGUCUGGAGGGUCAGAACACUAACAACUCAGCCAGUGAAGGACGUUUUGCAAUUUUGACCCAUCCAAAACUCCACACUCACCGGCGCACCAGAAGCAAAGACUUACAGAAGGGUUAUGACUUCUCGGGGGAAAGCCCAGCUGACAUGACAAACUCAAAGGAGAGUAGCCCGUCUGCAGGGGCUUUUGACACACACAAACAAGCUGGGCCUCAACAGGACCAACCAGUGCUAGCUCAUGCGACUUCCUCCGGUGGGCAGCGCAAAGAAGGUUCCAGAAGACUUCCUGAGUCUCCUCUACAUGUCAGAGACAGAAACAGAAAUUUGUCGUCAGGGGAAGCACCCAGACACAACCCAGUACCCCCACCAAGCCCAGGAAAGCUGUCAGAACAUAAACAGCAGCCACAGCAACAGCAUGCUGAAGAUGAAGUCAGGGGUACUGCUGUUGUUACUGUCCCUGGCAAAAAAAAUUCUCCCAGCAAGAAACGAGAGUCACCACCUUCUGGCUCAGGGAGACGCGAGUCUCCAACCUUUCAUCUUAGAAAAAGAGAACUUGGUUCUGGGAGUGUAAUGAUUGAAACUGGAAAAGCGAGCUCCCCUAACGCCUUUCCCUCCCCUGGUAUGGAUACUGAAAGUAGAGUCAGAAUUUCCCCUAAGGCUGGAACUGAAAGUCCAUCUUUCAAAGUAUCACCACCUUGUGGAAACCUUGAGCAAAACAGACAGGCAGCAAGUCAGUCUUCUAGCAUGUCAGAAACCUUCACAGUUGAUAAGGCUAAGUCUUUUUUAGAGAGUGUCAAUGCAAUUGCAGAGUCGGUUCUGGCUAGGAAAGCUUAUGGGCAAGAUGAUUCUCAAGAGAAAGCACAUGGAAGCCCAAGCAGUGGAAGCCGAGGUCACAGGCGAACGCGGAGUAGAGAUUAUCAGCUUCAUCCAGAAAAAAGCAAAUCAACACCAGAAUUGGCCAUUGCUUCAGGAGGUGGUAAAGUUGUGUCAGAGCUUGAUAGCAUGUCAACUAAUGAGGCUUUGAAAUCGGGUAAUAGAUGGGAAAGGCAAAGUGAGAAGACCUCAUCGGGGGGGCAGGAAGCUCGAGAUUCAUCAAAGAAAGAUGGAGACGGGGGAGGGAGCUCAGACUCAUCAACAAAGACUCGUGGACACAGACGAAAACGAAGUAGAGACUUGCACACACCCACAUCUAACUGGACCCAAGAUUAUAUUAUUAUGGCAGGUGAGAGAGAAGAUAGAAAGGAAUCCAAUGUCUUGGAAGAAAACAGGGGUCGCAGUGUUGAUGGCUAUGGUGGCCAUCAAAAGUCAGAAGAUGAUGGAGCUCAUUCAGCCAUGUCAGAGGUCAAGGAUGGGAGUUCGGGCAGACCAGUGUUGGAUGGACGUCGUAGACAUUCAUCUGGCAGCCGACCUAACAGUCCUCUCAUUGUUGGCAUGGACAAGUCAGACGGUGGGGAAGAGAAAACGAGAUUAUCCGUAGCUGAGCUAAUGAUGGAGCAAAAGGCUAAGAUUCUGAACAAAUCCAGCUCUCUCAACUCUCUCAGCGGUCGCAGCGAUGAUAGCCAUAAUGGUUCUAAAUCGGAGAUCCACAAAAAGUCGCCCAGCAUAGAAUCUUUACCUGGCAGUUACCGAGGAGAUGUGUCAAAACGCACCAUCAGCAACGAGUCUCUUGUGUCGGGGGGCAGUUCUAGGGGAGAAAGCUCAAAGAGAACACAGAGCAGCGAGUCUCUCAUGAGUGUUAGGACGGACACGUCCAAACGUUCUCACAGUAACGAAUCUCUCCCCGGCAGUGCCCGCACCGACACCUCCAGAAAAUCACCGAGCAAUGAAUCUCUACCUGAAAGUAUUCGCGAAGAAAAUGAGCAAGACUCUGCCCAGACUCAGACAGUGGUUGUUGAAGCAGGUCAUAGUUCGUCCCCUUCUGUCAGCUGCCGUAGAAGUCAGUCUAUUGGUUCGGCAAAAGAUAUUGGGCGGGGGUCUAGCAGCGAGUCAGGUCAUUCUCGCAGCGGGAAGUGCAACCUGCUUCAAAAUCUGGAGAAUAUCACCAAGAACAACUCCACUGCAGUUAGGGAGACAAAGGAGUCGCUGAUGAGGAAAAAAUCCAACCCAGAAGACAGCAGCGACACUGCUAGUUUGAAACAGCUCUCAGACGAUGAGAGGCAGUCAGGUCGAAGGUCACGGAACCACAGUGAGAGCGAUGUGGAAGGCGGUGCUUCUGAUGCUGGGUCACAGCUCCCGCCCAGAGCCCCGAAUGAGAGCUCCUCAGGAAGUCAUUCUGACGACAGUCGGCAUUCUCGGCGAGGACACAGAAGAACACCUUCCGACCACCGACAACCAACGUCACUCCCCUCAGAGGUCGACCCAACCCGUCCAACCCAUAGCCCCAUCAUCAUGGAGGGGGCAGUGAUGAAAAAGUCCAGCUCAAGUGUCCGUCGCAAUCAAUCAUUUCACGGAUUAUUGCCUUCGAAACACCAAGACACCAAAACCUCACCUUCGUCAAAUGAGGAUAUCUCCCCUAAAGCCGAUGAGCAAACCGUCUCUCAGACCCAGACUCACUCAGAGACACCUGCCAGGCCUCGUCCUCACCUCCGCUCUCGCACUCCUAGUCCCGCCCGAGCGCGGCAGCCAAUCCUGUCAGCAGCACAACUCAAACGCAACUCAGACAGUGGCAGCGGUAGCAGCAGCAGCAAGUCAUCAGCGCAGGAUCCCAGCGGCAGCAGCAAGUCAGCAACAGCACAGCAGGAGCCCAGCAGCAAACUCUCUUCAUGAAGCAAUGCUCGCAUCUUGCAAGCGCCUUGGUUAUCGUACAAAUGUUUUUCCACAGACCCCGUGCACCUGUUGUGGUUCUGUGCUGUAAUUUUGCAACGACUUCAUUGCAAAAACUUGCACUACGAACAUGGCACGGAGACCAUGUUGUGAUUAACUAGCAUUUGGAAUACAGUGGAGUCCACUUGAACCUAACGCAUCUAAUCUGAAAACGGUGAUAAACUGGGGGGGGG